AUGAAUGAGUCACACGAGAUCAUUCAAACGCCAAAAGAGAAGUGGAGUGAUGAAGAAGUACGAAUAGCAGAUUAUAAUUCCAAGGCAACCAAUGCUAUCUUGAGUUGUAUCGAUGAAGACCAAUUCAAAUUGAUAUCAAUGUGCAAAUCAUCAAAGGAGGCAUGGGAUGUUCUACAAGAGGCCUACGAAGGAACUACUCAGAUAAGCGAGUGCAAAAAGACUGUCGCUGAAACGGUUGCAACAGUUGGACAGACUGUUCAGACAGAACUUAGGUAUGAUAAAUUGCAUUCAAUACCUGCUAAAAGAUUAACUCCGUUAAAUAUUGCAGGUGAUGAUGGGGAUUCAGAAAACAACAGUGAUGAUGACGUGUCAACCUUGGAAGAAUUAAAAGAGUGCUAUGAAAGGAUGUACAAAAAAUUUCUUCAGUUGAUGAAAAAUCAUAACUCCCAUCCAACUGGUUCACGAGCACUGCCAGAAGCAAAUGCAAAUGCUUCAUCCUAUCAUGUGUAUGCUAACAAUGUUACUAGUGGCCGUGGUCGUGGUCGUGGAUAUGUACGUAGUCCUAAUCGAAACCAUGUUGGCAAUAGAAUUGCACCAUAUCAACCAAAGUGGAGCAAGAAUGGUGAAAAGCAAGACAAGGGCCAUACUAUGAAAUUUAGCCCUCCUAAAAAACAAAAUGACUCUUUCUACAAAUGUGGAGCAAAUGGGCAUUGGCUAAACGUUUGUCGUACACCAAGACACCUUGUUGACUUAUAUCAAGCAUCCAUCAAGGGUAAAGGAAAGGAAAAAAAAAUCAAUUUUAUCAAUUUCAACAAUGAUACUGUUGAUAAUAGUGAUCCAAUGGAUUUCACUCAUUUGGAUGUUGGUGAUUUCCUUAAUGAGCCAAGUGGAGAGAUUGGUGAAACAAAAUACAAUGGUGAUGAGGCCAAUGAUGGAAAUGCAAAAGUGAAGAAUGACUGA